AUGGAGCCACUGAAAAGCAUGCUGCGCAAGGCCCCUCUGGUGGGCGGAUGGGGGCCAGGUUCCCGGGCCGGGGCUCCCACCACCACCUACGCCAACCCGGUCUGGACGGCGUUGUUUGACUACGAGGCGGCCAGCACGGACGAGCUGACGCUGCGCAAGGGCGACUUGGUGGAGGUCCUGUCCUGGGACUCGGCCAUCUCCGGGGACGAAGGCUGGUGGGCCGGCAAGCUCCACGACCGCGUGGGCAUCUUCCCGGCCAACUAUGUCUCGCCCAAGACGGGGGCCUACGCCGGGCCCGGGGACCCUCCCGAGGCCGACUUUCGGGACCUGACGCUGGAGGAGGUGAUCGGGGUGGGGGGCUUCGGGAAGGUCUACCGGGGCAGCUGGCGGGGGCAGUUGGUGGCGGUCAAGGCGGCCCGCCAGGACCCGGAUGAGGACAUCAGCACCACGGCCGAGCGGGUGCGCCAGGAAGCCCGUCUCUUUGCCAUGCUGAAGCACCCCAACAUCAUCGUCCUGAAGGCCGUCUGCCUGCAGGGGCCCAACCUGUGCUUGGUGAUGGAGUAUGCCGCCGGAGGACCACUCAGCCGGAUGCUGGCCGGACGCCGCAUCCCGCCGCACAUCCUCAUCAACUGGGCCGUCCAGAUCGCGCAGGGCAUGGACUACCUUCACUGCGGCGCCAUCGUGCCCGUCAUCCACCGGGACUUGAAAUCCAACAACAUCCUGCUGAGCGAACACGUGGACGAUGGUGAGGUCAGUGGGAAGACCCUAAAGAUCACCGAUUUCGGGCUGGCCAGAGAAUGGCACAAAACCACUAAGAUGAGCGCGGCUGGGACUUACGCCUGGAUGGCGCCGGAAGUCAUCAAAAAUUCCACUUUUUCCCGCGGUAGCGACAUCUGGAGUUACGGAGUGCUCCUGUGGGAACUCCUCACCGGCGAAGUUCCAUACCGGGGAAUUGACGGGCUGGCAGUGGCUUAUGGGGUUGCCGUCAACAAACUCACCCUUCCGAUACCUUCCACGUGCCCAGAAUCCUUUUCACGUCUGAUGACAGAGUGCUGGCAGCAGGACCCCCAUGCGCGCCCCAGCUUUGCCUCCAUCCUUGAUCAGCUGACGGUCCUCGAAACGCAGGUGCUGCGCGACCUGCCACAAGAAUCCUUCCACUCCAUGCAGGACGACUGGAAAGUGGAGAUCCAGGAUAUGUUCGACGAGCUGCGGGCAAAAGAGAAGGAGCUGUUGAGCCGCGAGGAGGAGCUGAAUCAGGCGGCGCUGAAGCAGAAAUCCCAGGAGGAGUUCCUCCGCCAGCGGGAACACGAACUGGCCCAGUGGGAGCUGGAGGUUUUUGAGCGCGAACUCAGUCUCCUGAUCCAGCAGAUGAACCACGAUCGGCCGCACGUGAAGAAGCGCAAGGGCACUUUCAAGAGAAACAAGCUCCGAGGCCGGGACAGCGAGCACAUCAGCAUGCCGCUUGAUUUUAAGCAUCGCAUCACAGUUCAGGCUUCCCCAGGGCUGGACAAAAGGAAGGAUUUCUUUGAUGUGGGAGCUGGUGGCUCUCCCACCUUCCCACGGUUCCGAGCUAUCCAAUUGGAACCGAGCGAGAAGGAUCAGAACCGGACCCGACAAGCACCCCGUCGGGGAGACGAGACCUGGAACGGCCAUACCAAGAGCCCGGGGUCCCCCAAAAUGUCUGAGCGCAGUACACAAAAUGGCAGGAGAAGAUCGCGUCCAGAAGAGACGACGUGGUACGUAGAACCGGGCGGUUCCCCUGUACACUCGCAGCUGCAUCCACAGUCCAGCCAAAACGGUGAUAUUCCCAUCACCUCGGCAGAAACCGAGGAGCCAACACUGGAAAGGCCGAGCGGGCCCAGACUCAUCGAGAGAGUCCUGCUCCGGGGUUCAGCCUUGCUGGCCGCCCUGGGCUUGGGCCGGGAGUUGCCGAUCCCCUCUCAGGAGAGGCCCGUGGAGGGGCCAGGUGCUAGGAAGCCCUCUCCCCGAAGAGACCCCACCCCUGCCCUGCAGGUGGAGCCCUGCACGGACGACGCUGCCACGGAGCUCCUCAUUGACCUGGCCUCGGUGGGGGACAGGACCGCCUUGCCGCCCCUCUGGACGAGGGAGUCACCCAGGGUCCCUCAGCUCGCGGAAGGCCGGACCACCAAGACCCCAAAGUGGGAUGGCGCUUUCCCGUCUCCCUCCUCCCCCCGCAGCCCCCGCUCCCCUCGCCCCUCCCUUCACCCCACCCUCAUUUCCCGCCCCCGCCCUUCCCCAAUCCGCAGCCGGAUCGACCCUUGGAGCUUCGUGUCGUCGGGAUCUCGGGCCUCGCCAGCGGUCACCCCGGUCCAGUCCCCCCGUCUGGGCCCACGUCAAGUCAAAACCUCCGGUCCCGAAAGCACCAAUCCUUUCGGGGCGCCCAAUUCGAAUCCGUUCGCCUGGGGGGACUUUUCGGCACCCGCCGACCCUUUUCUCGGGAGCUCCACGCGGAACCCCUAA